CAACAGAGACAGGUAUAUUAACUGUGACCCGAGCCGCUAACUACACUGCGCCAUCAGGCACACUUUUUAUACCCAGCAGGAUUUUCAGAGGUUGUUUCCCGGCCAUGGGGGACCCGCUGGCCUUCACGGAGCAGAACACAGAGCGCAUCCUGGCAGUGCAGGCUCUUUUCGGCACUUUGGGGAAGCCCUUGGCCAAGCCAGGCCGCGUGCUGGUCGGAGAGGGGUACCUGCUGAAGCUGUGCCGUCGCAGCCCACAGCCAAAGGCCUUCUUCCUCUUCAACGACGUGCUGGUGUACGGCAGCGUGGUCAUCCUGGGCCGCUGGUACACCAAGCAGCAGGUGCUCCCGCUGGAGGCCGUGUCCCUGGAGGACACGGAGGACGGGCUGCUCAUGAAGAACCAGUGGAUCAUCCGCACGCCCCGCAAGUCCUUCUACGUGUCGGCGGCCUCGCCCGAGGAGAAGCAGGCCUGGAUGGAGCACAUCAGGGAGUGCCGCGCCGAGAGGCUGCGCCUCACGGGCGGCCCGGCGGAGACCCGCUUCGCCGCCGUCUGGGUGCCCGACCGCGCCUCGGCCAUCUGCAUGCGCUGCUGCACGCGCUUCAGCCUGGCGCAGCGCCGCCAUCACUGCAGGCACUGCGGAUUCGUGGUGUGCAGCGCCUGCUCCAGGACCCGCGCCCUCAUCCCCGACAUCUCGCCCAAGCCUGUGCGCGUCUGCCAGCCGUGCCACGGGAGCCUGCAGGCCCGGGGGCCCCCCACGGCACCGCGCCCAACCCAAACCGGCCGCAGCCGCGGGCAAACCUCCACCGAUGAAGGUGAGCUCUCGUACGAACCGUCCUGUGUGGAGGACAACGAUGGACAGGGCUAUGAAGACACUUCUCCCAGUCAGUGGGACCCACUGAACCUUGUCCGGCAGAACUCGUGGUCACCAUACAUAGAUUUAACUCUCCAGAUCACGGACAUGGGCAACGUUUAA